AUAACAUUUUUUUAAUAAAAAAAUUUCUACAAUGCACUAGUCAUAUUGUUCCCAUUUAACAAAUGUGUAAAUAUUUUUGCAUUUAAUUUUCAUUAUUUAAAAAAAAUAAUUUUAUUAAACAUUCAAAUAGCGGCUAAUUGUGUUUUAUUAAAACAAAGAAAUUUUUAGUUUCUUUAAAUUUAAAGUAAAUUGAAAAUUUUAUAAUUAAAAAAAAAGAAAGAAAGAUGAAUUUCUUUUGCAUACAUUUUAUACUUUUAGUAUUGAUAUCAUUAUUUUCUUAUUGUGUGUCGAAUAAUGAAGAAUUAUUAUCAAAAAAAUGGAUGAGACAAAAGCGAGAAAUAAAUUCAAAUAAUGUAGAACUGGAAUGUAGUAUUCUUUUUGAUACUAAAGAACAGAGAAGAUUAUCAAUAAAAAGAGGAUAUUACCUGAGUAAAUUAACAAUGAAAGGUGAUAAUAUACGUAUAAGUGAUAUACCAAAGAGUGAUUAUUGUGUAGGACGAAUAAUGAUUAUAGAAAUGUUCGCAAAAGAAGAAAUGAUAUUCGAUAUGGAUUAUAAUUCUAAUGGUCGAGAUCAAACACUUGUAAUUGGAGCAAUGUUUUGGACUGUAAUUGGUGAAAAUCGAAAAAUAAUUCUGAAUGGUCGAAAAGGAUAUGGACGUGGAAGGCCAAAAAAAGCAAAUAACACAAUUAAUGGAGCCGAUGGUAAAGAGGGUGAACCCGGUAGAAAUGGUGGUUUUCUCUAUGGUUCAUUAGUGAUCAUUAGUUGGGAGAAUGAAAAAGGUGAAGCACUGAAUGCUGAAGAUAAAAGUAAUCCACUUUGUUAUUAUAAAGGAAAUGAUUUUGUUCAAUAUUUUCAUUGUCCACAUAGUAUAGAACGUGAAAAACUUUUUAAAACCGGUGGAGUUAAUCCAACAAUUAAUCCACCUGAACAUAAUUAUGUACUAACAGUUUAUGUAAAUGGAGGUGAUGGUGGUAAUGGACAAGAUGGUGGUGAUGGUGAUAGAGGAGAAGAUGGUACAACAUUUAAUUUAGAUAAACAAUUAAUAGAACCCAAUGGAUUUGUACAUGGUUUUGAUAUAAUGUUAGAGCAAAAAGUUGAACCACCGAAAGAUGAAAGCCAUUUAGGUCAGGGAGUGUCUGAAGUUAUUCUUGGUACAAUGCCAAAAGAUGGUGGUCGUGGUGGUUAUGCUGGUCCCGGUGGUUAUGGUGGUAAACCAGGUGGUGUUCUCAUUAUACAAGUAUUUGCUCUUGAGGCAGUAUAUUUUAAUGAACGACCAGCUAAUAAUCUAAGAAUUAUUUAUGGAAAUGAAGGACAAAUGGGUAAAAAUGGUAGACCAGGAUUAGGAAGUUUUGCUGAAUAUUGGGGUAGAGAUAUUCAAUUAAGUAUUUAUUAUACAAAAAAUAAAACAAUUGAAUUAAGAAAUAUUGAAUAUUAUCCCCAUGAAAAUCCAUUUACAAUGAAUAGUAUUCAAAAUGAUAAUUUUACACCACGAACUAUUCAACAAUUAAAAACGAUGCCCGUCUUUUAUUCAUUUUCUGAUGCAAUUGUAGAAUAUCAAAAAUUUUGUAUGCAAUACGCUGAAAGAUCAACACUGAAGGGAAGAAUGUAUACCGAUAUUAUUACAAUAUUUGACUAUUAUAGUUAUGUACCCGAUCAAUAAAAACAUUUGUUUUGAAUCGGUUAGAAGCUGAAGUGAAUCCACAUUCACAUAUUUAUUUAAGUAGCUCAAUUAUGGACAAUUUCUAAAUUAUUGUGUAAAAUAUGACAACCUAACCUAAAAAUUUUCGAUCUUUAUUCAUAAUUGUCAAAAUAAAUUCAGUAAAUUUCUUAUUAACAGAAUAUUAAUCAAUAAAAAACGAAUUCCUAAAAGGCCUAAGCAGAAUGAAAUCUCUAAUCGUAAAUCUUAAGCUUUUACAUGAGAGAGGAAAGGACAAAAGAUAAUUCUAUCCUUUUCUCUCUCAUGUAAAAGCUAAAGGCACUUUCACACCUUUUUGGCUGCCUGCCUACCUGCAGGUUACCAUGACAACGUACGAGUGUGAGUGAGACAGAAAACUUGUGUUACUGAUUGGAAGCCAAAAAAAACCAUUUACAUAUGUAUUCACAUUGUUAAUUAAUAAAAAUUUAAAUAAAUUAUUA